AUGCUUAAAAUUGUGAUCCUGGUGUCGAUGCUGAUGGGAGUGACCCUCGCGGCUGCGGUCGACCCCUGUAUUAUCAAUGAGGGCGAGGUCUGGGCUAAAACUAUGGUCCAGCAGAUGACCGAGCGGGGUCGGGUCAUGACCUAUAUUCAGAUCAUCAACACCAUGGGUGAUAUGGACCAUUGUCUCGCAUACUUGCAGUUUUAUAACCAGGAUCAUGUUAAAUGGUCGUGCAAAAUCCAAACCACCGAUGAUGGCACCCACGCCCACAAAUAUACCAUGGGCGAGAUCAAAUGCCACAAGUCCGAUUAAGUCGAUGAACUCAUCAAUUAAGUUUUAGUUGUAACCAGAAUAUAAUUGUUGCAUAAUGUUACUUUGGAAAUAGCAAACAGUUUUAUAUACUUUUUGUUAAAAAUUAAUUUGCAUUUAAUAUUUUUAAUUAACUGCAAAAAUA